AUGGACUCAACUGGCUUGUUCUGGAAGAAGAUGCCUUCCAGAACGUUCAUCAUAAAGGACGAAACCAGAGCCCCAGCAUUUAAGGCACUGAUGGACAGAGUGAUGCUAAUUACUUGUGGCAAUGAUGUUGGCUUCAUAAUGAAACCAGGACUUAUCUACAAGUCCGCGAGCCCGUGGGCCUUCAGAAAUAAGAAUAAAAUUCUGCUUCCUGCCCACCGGAUGCACAACCUCAAGGCCUGGAUUAUCAAAAGCCUAACUCUGAAUUGGCUCCACCAAUGCUUCAUUACUCAAGCCAAGGAAUGUCUCCAAAGUGUUUGCACAGAAUUCAAGGUGUUGCGUGUUUUGGAUAAUGCUGGUGGUCACUCUUUGGAUUUGAAUCACAAGGGAGUCCAAGUCCAUUUCCUCCCUACCAACACCACCUCCCUCAUCCAACUUAUAGAUCAAGGCGUGAUUCGUGCCUUCAAGGUACUUUACACUCGGAACUCUCUCCAAUACCUUGCGGACGCAAUAGAUUCGAACGAGAAUUUCAAGUUAAAUGAGUACUGGCGUAAUAUCACGAUCGCAACGUGCCUGUCAGUCAUCUAUGCCGCUCUUAUAGACAUGAAAAAAGAAACCCUCAUCGCACGCUGA